AUGGCAUCUAUCCCUUCGCUUACCAACUACGAGGCACUCGCGGCCACGUGCCUUGUCGACGCCGGCGUGUUGAAUCACAAGAUCAAAGGGCUGGAAACAUCAAAGACAUCGUCCGUCGAUAACAAUGGACCUUGCACGCCACAAGAGGUCAAAAAGCUACAGCUCCGGCUCUUUGAGUCAGCACAAGCUCUGCUUCAGGCGGUCACUCCUCCGGAGUAUACCCUGACACAAAGUCUCUCCGCCAGUAUAAUGGACCUUACUGCGUUUCGAUACAUUAGCCGCUGGGAAGUCGCCAAAGCGGUCCCAACGGAGGGCUCAGUAUCAUACAAAUCCCUCGCAACCAAACUCAGCGUUGACGAGUCCCAGCUCAGGAGAGUCCUUCGAUAUGCCAUGACUCGGCAAGUCUUCACCGAGACACAGAUCGGAGGGGUUGCACACACGGCAGCUUCACUUCUCUUAGUACAAGGAGGCAUCAGCACAUUGAACAGAUACUCCACGGACCGAGGUUUCCCCAUCGCCAGUCAUUUCAACGAGGCCCUCGAGAAGUGGGGUCACGGCUCGCAAGAGCCAAAUGAAACAGCAUUCAAUGUCUUCAAGGGCACCGAACUUGCCAUGUUCGACUACUACGAGAAGAACCCAGCGUACGCCACCGACUUCCACCAGGUCAUGAGCUUCUUUACCAAGACACCUCCAUUGUCACACGAUCAUAUCAGAAGAUCAUUUGACUGGCCAUCGCUUGCAUUCUCAACUGUAGUCGAUGUGGGCGGCAGCCUCGGCCACUGCAGUAUGGCGAUCCUGGAAGCGAACCCAACGCUGACGUGCAUUGUCCAAGACUUGCCUCAGAUAGUCACCAAAGCUACGGACCCGUCCACGUCAAUCGUACCCGAGCACCUCUGCAAACGCAUCUCAUUCCAGGCACAUAGCUUCUGGGACCCGCAGCCGGUGACAGCCGACGUGUACUUCAUGCGUAUGAUCUUCCAUGAUUGGCCGGCCAAGUACUCAAAGAAGAUCCUGCACGCACUCCUGAAAGGCAUGAGGCCGGGCGCCCGGCUCCUCAUCAUGGACUACGUGACUCUUCCUUAUGGAAAACUCAGCCUCGCUGACGAGCGCCGCAUGCGCAUCCGAGACAUGCAGAUGAUGGUCAUGCACAACGCCCUUGAGCGAGACGAAGAUGAAUGGAGACAACUGUUCGCAGAGACGGACUCCCGCCUCCGCCUCGUCGCCAUUCGCACUCCACCUGGAAGCGCGCUGUCUCUCAUUGAAGUCGUCCUCGAUGCUGAGGUUGAGACCAGCGCCACGGAAAAGACCGAAGUCACCGUGCCUGAAAGGAUUGAGCCUUUUGUCCCCGAGAAGACUGAGACCCUGGGGCUCGAAAAGCUCGACGAGCCGCUCCAACCCAUCGUGCCUCAGCAAGCGGUGCAAAUGGCAGCAUAG